GCGCAUGCGCUAAGGUCUGUAUCAACGCUCCGCCGCGGCCGUGGCGACGAAGAUUUCAUCUGGGCAGCCGCGUGGUCCUGGAUAGUUUGUAGAGGAUGCCCCAUGAGGAAAUCCCCAACUCCACUCACCCUCAGGAGCAAGACUGUUUACCAGGUCAGCAUGUCAGUGCUGACAAAGACAAGUCUGUUGGGCAGGAGAGUGGUAGAGUCUCAGAGGCUGGGGAGUGCCUCUACUCUACUUCCUGUGAGUUUGGGCCAUCCACAUCUGCUGAAGCUUGUGUAUUGGCAGCUACAAGGCGGGGGCCGGCCCUGCUACACAUUGAUCGGCAUCAGAUCCCUGCAGUGGAGCCCAGUGCUCAGGCCCUGGAGCUGCAGGGCCUGGGUGUGGAUGUCUAUGACCAGGCUGUCCUGGAGCAAGGCGUGCUUCAGCAGGUGGACAGUGCGAUGCAUGAGGCCAGCCGUGUGGCCCAGCUUGCUGAUGCGGAGAAGGAGUAUCAGUCAGUCCUGGAUGACCUCAUGUCGUGUACAACAUCCCUGAGGCAAAUCAAUAAAAUUAUAGAGCAACUUAGCCCUCAAGCUGCCAGCAACAGAGACAUCCACAGGAAACUGGAUUCUGUGAAACGGCAGAAGUAUAACAAGGAGCAACAGCUAAAGAAGAUAACUGCAAAACAGAAACGUCUCCAGGCCAUUCUCGGAGGGGCCGGGGUACAAGUGGAACUGGAUUAUGCCAGCCUAGAGGAAGAAGAUGCAGAGCCAGGGCCAUCUUGUCUUGGCAGUAUGCUCAUGCCUGCCCAGGAGACCGCCUGGGAAGAGCUUAUCCGCACUGGCCAGAUGACACCGUUUGGUACCCCAGCUCCUCAGAAACAGGAGAAAAAGCCUAGAAAAAUAAUGCUCAAUGAAGCAUCAGGCUUUGAAAAAUAUUUGGCAGACCAAGCACAACUUUCUUUUGAAAGGAAGAAACAAGCUGCUAAUAAAAGAACAGCUAAAAAAGCUGUGGUUAUAUCGGAGUCAAGCCGAGGACCAAAUGAAAUCAAGCCAGACCAGAGAAGCCAAGCACUCUCUCAAACAGAUAAGCGCCUGAAGAAGCACAUCAGGAAGCUCCAGAAGAGGGCGCUGCAGUUCCAGGGGAAAGUGGGAUUGCCAAAGGGGAAGAAACCUCUGGAGCCUGAGGUGAGGCCAGAGGCCAAGGGAGACACUGAGGGUGAGGAGUCUGGGUCCUCUCCCACUGAUGGGGAGGAGGAGGAAGAGGAAGAGGAAGAGGAAGGGGUAGCCAGCCUGUCUUCCGAUGAUGUUAGCUAUGAGCUGAAGCCACUUCGGAAAGGGAAAAAAUGCCAGAAGAAAGUCCCAGUACAGGAAAUCGACGAUGACUUUUUUCCAAGUUCUGAGGAGGAAGAUGAAGCUAUGGAAGGAAGAGGAGGAGGCCGUAAGGUAGCCAGGCGCCAAGACGAUGGAGAUGAGGAUUAUUAUAAGCAGCGGUUAAGGAGGUGGAAUAGGCUUCGGCUGCAGGACAAAGAGAAACGCCUGAAGCUUGAAGAAGAUUCUGAGGAGAGUGAUGCCGAGUUUGACGAAGGUUUCAAAGUGCCUGGUUUUCUGUUCAAAAAGCUCUUUAAGUAUCAGCAGACAGGUGUUAGGUGGCUGUGGGAAUUGCACUGCCAGCAGGCAGGAGGAAUUCUGGGAGACGAAAUGGGAUUGGGCAAGACCAUCCAGAUAAUUGCCUUCUUGGCAGGUCUGAGCUACAGCAAGAUCAGGACUCGCGGUUCAAAUUACAGGUUCGAGGGACUAGGCCCCACUAUAAUUGUCUGCCCAACAACAGUGAUGCAUCAGUGGGUGAAGGAAUUCCACACGUGGUGGCCUCCAUUCAGAGUGGCGAUUCUACAUGAAACAGGCUCCUAUGCCCACAAAAAGGAGAGGCUGAUUCGAGAUAUUGUUCAUUGUCAUGGAGUUUUGAUAACUUCGUAUUCCUACAUUCGACUGAUGCAAGAUGACAUUAGCAGACAUGACUGGCACUAUGUCAUCUUAGAUGAAGGACACAAAAUUCGAAAUCCAAAUGCUGCAGUCACCCUUGCUUGCAAACAGUUCCGAACACCUCAUCGGAUUAUCUUGUCUGGCUCACCAAUGCAGAAUAACCUCCGAGAGCUGUGGUCACUCUUCGACUUCAUCUUCCCAGGAAAGCUAGGCACAUUACCUGUGUUUAUGGAGCAGUUCUCUGUCCCCAUCACCAUGGGAGGAUAUUCCAAUGCUUCCCCAGUACAGGUUAAAACUGCUUAUAAAUGUGCAUGUGUCUUAAGAGACACGAUAAACCCGUACCUACUGCGGAGAAUGAAAUCAGAUGUCAAGAUGAGCCUUUCAUUGCCAGAUAAAAAUGAGCAGGUCUUAUUUUGCCGUCUGACUGAGGAGCAGCAUAAAGUCUACCAGAAUUUCAUUGACUCCAAAGCAGUUUACAGGAUUCUCAAUGGAGAGAAUCAGAUUUUCUCUGGACUUGUAGCUCUGAGGAAGAUCUGUAACCACCCUGACCUCUUUUCUGGUGGUCCCAAGAAUGCCAGUGGUCUUCCAGCCGACGAACUGGAAGAAGAACAGUUUGGAUACUGGAAACGCUCUGGGAAAAUGAUUGUUGUUGAGUCUUUGCUGAAAAUCUGGCACAAGCAGGGUCAGCGAGUACUGCUGUUUUCCCAGUCGAGGCAGAUGCUGCACAUACUGGAAGUGUUUCUGAGAGCUCACAAGUAUUCCUAUCUCAAGAUGGAUGGGACCACCACCAUAGCGUCAAGACAGCCACUGAUUACAAAAUACAAUGAGGACACAUCCAUCUUUGUCUUUCUUCUGACCACACGUGUGGGUGGCUUAGGAGUGAACCUGACCGGGGCCAACAGAGUCAUCAUCUACGACCCUGACUGGAACCCAAGCACCGACACACAGGCCCGGGAGCGAGCAUGGAGGAUAGGUCAGAAGAAGCAGGUGACUGUCUACAGGCUUCUGAUGGCCGGCACCAUAGAGGAAAAGAUCUACCAUCGACAAAUCUUCAAGCAGUUUUUGACAAACAGAGUGCUAAAAGACCCAAAACAAAGACGCUUUUUCAAAUCCAAUGACCUCUAUGAGCUGUUUACUCUGACUAGUCCUGAUGCCUCCCAGGGCACUGAAACAAGUGCUAUAUUUGCAGGAACUGACUCCAAUAUUCAGACACCCAAAUGCCAUUUUAAAAAAAGGACCCUGCCAGUCCUAGGAAUGGAUCCCAAAUGCAAGAAGCCCCCUGUUUCUAACAUACCUGCAAAUGGUGCCACUCUGAUGGAAGAAAAAUCUAAGGCAGCAGGAACUACAGGAAGUGUCAGUUCUGGAGAAAAUGGUCCUUUGAAAGGCGACCAUCACACAAAUGGGAACAGAGCUAGCAGUGUUGCUUUUGCAGAAGAGACAGAUGCAGGGUCCGUGCUGGCGCGUCUCUCAGUGAUGAGUGGAGAUGGGAAGCACUCAGAUUCUCCAGCAGUUGACCAGACAUCCAGGCCAUCAGGGGAGAUGAGCAUCAGUGAGAUGCAGGGUUCUUCCUAUGAAGGGGAGUGCUGCCAGGCUCAGACAGAACCUGCUCACAUGAGUGAACAAACGGAAGGCCGUUUCUCUAAGCACAAAUCAAAAAGGAAACAUGAUGCAAUGGAGGAAGAGACCACAGAGAAACGUCCACAGCCCAAGCAAAAGGCCAAGAACUCCAAGCAUUGUAAAGAUGCUAAGUUUGAGGGAACUAGAGUCCCACACCUGGUGAAGAGAAGGCGGUACCGUCAACACACCUCUGAGCAGGAGAGCGGGGCCAAGGACCAGAGCAGUGAUGAUUAUGUUUUGGAAAAGCUUUUCAAAAAAUCAGUGGGUGUGCACAGUGUUGUAAAGCAUGAUGCCAUCAUAGAUGGGUCCAGUCCGGAUUAUGUGCUGGUGGAGGCAGAAGCCAACCGAGUGGCUCAGGAUGCCUUGAAAGCUCUGAGGCUCUCUCGUCAGCAAUGCCUGGGGGCAGCAUCUGGUGUUCCCACCUGGACUGGCCACAGGGGUAUUUCUGGUGCACCAACAGGAGUAAAGCAUAGGUUCGGUCAGAAAAGGAAUUCCAACCUCCCUGUGCAGCGUCCUUCAUCGCUAACAGAAAAGACUCAGAAUAACAUGAAAAAAGAGGGGAAAACUCACACUCCUGAGCACUUCAGUGGCAAAGAAGAUGGAACAUCUUUGUCCGGAGCGCCCAGUUCCUCCUCACUCUUGGCCAGAAUGCGAGCAAGAAACCACAUGAUUUUGCCGGAGCGCUUGGAGAGUGACGGCGAGCACCUUGCUGAGGCCACUGCCGCGCCUCCCUGCAGCACAGAACAUGAUGACCUUCUGGUGGACAUGAGGAACUUCAUUGCUUUCCAGGCCCAGGUGGAUGGCCAGGCCAGCACUCAGGAAAUCCUACAGGAGUUUGAAUCCAAGCUGUCCGUGGCACAGUCCUGUGUCUUCCGAGAACUACUGAGAAAUCUGUGCAAUUUCCACAGAACUCCUGGCGGUGAAGGGAUUUGGAAACUGAAACCAGAAUACUGCUGAACUCUUUUGAAUGGGAAUCUUGGCUCACUGAUCCUUGAUUAGUGAUUGUGUGUGUGUGUGUGUGUGUGUGUGUGUUUGUAUAUGCGUGUGUGGUGUUUACUGUGUCAUCUACCUCAAGACUAAAACUUGAAGAAAAUAAUUGGAGGGUUUUUGUUUUGUUUUGGUGGUACCAUGAGUCAAGUUAUAAAAUCAGGGACCUAACAGUUGUUUAAUGGGGCAAAUACAUUACUUAACCCAAAAGAUGCUGUCAGGGAGCACAUUCUACUUAAGAGUAGAGCUCGGUUCUUCUUGCUGGUGCUGGGAACGUGUCUUCUCUUUAUCCACCCUAUCCCAUAAGCCACUUCACAGUAUCUCAUAACCUUAGAACCUUGGUACAGGAUGAAUAAUUAUUUCUGACUCACUGGCCACAUACAGAAAGAUGCUUGCUAUCUGUCAAAUCAUUACCUAUAAAUAAUUCUUUACAGGACUCUUAAAUGAGCAGGUUUGGGUUUUGUUGCUUGUUUGUGUGUUUUAAAUGCUCAAGACAGACUGGUGCCUUGCACAUGCUAAGUGUGUGCUUUACCACCAAGUUCCAUCCCAGUUCAUACGUAUGUAUCAAAGAAGGAAGUCUGUAUUUUCUUCUCUGUCAUCAUUAUCUAAAGAUGGUGGGAGGGGUUUGUUUAAAUAGGUCAGUAAGUUCUAAACUUUAGUACUUGACUCAGAAGGAAGUCACAACACCCGUUUGUUUAUUUAUUUUCUUCUAGUCAUUGGCUUACAGGGGAAUGGUGUUGCCCUUGUCCUCAGGCUGACUACCGGCCUGACUCACGAGUGUGAAACGUUUGUGCUGUGCCAGUAAUGCCUGAGGUCUAAGUUACACUGAGCAGAGAAGGUAGAGUCGCUUCUUAACUGUCGCAAGUGACCUGCCGUGCAGUAAGGAAGGAGUCCAUGUUCCAGCUGUGCCCAGCCUGGGAAGGUUCAAUCUGUAAAAAUGGUUAUCCAGUCAAGCUGGGAGAAACUUAGGGACCAGUGCUCUAGGUUAAAAUACUUUUUAGCUAUGUACAGCACCUUUAUACAUUGAGCUGCAAUCUGAGUUUUUGAACAUUAAAUACUUUGUGUAGUAUAAAUAGAUUUAAUGUAUUAAAUAUGUUAAAUAAUUACAAAUAAAAGAUUUUUUAAAUACCAGCUUUUACUUUAUUGUCACUGCUAAAAAUCCUUUAAGCACUCCUGCCUUUCCACUCUGUGCUGAUCUUGCUGUGUUCCAGAGCCCUGUGCAGUUACCCUGGCAUUUGCAUGGCUGCUGAUGUGGGCUGCUCCUUCUUGUCUGUGUAUCCCCUGGACUUGUGACUGCUUAGCUAAUAAUUGUUCCUCAGCCUCCCUGCAGAUAGUGUGGCCACGUUACAGUUCUAGGCAGUGAGAUGGAAAACUUCCAGCUUGAAGCUUACACAAAGAGUCACAGUGUGCUCGCCCCUGAAAGUUCCCUGUUUUGCUGGUCAGGAUGUCUGUGAGAGUCUUAGGGGUCUCCUGGUAUUUCAAGAGAGGAUGGUUGGUCUACCAGUCAAGAACGGCUGGCUGUCUUUGACCUGACACCUUGGGGUGAAAUAAAUGAACUCGUAAUUUAACACUGUUUUAACAUCUGAUUGGUUUAAUAUAUGUAACAUACCAAUGCCGUAAGUUUCCUGUGUGUCUAACUUUUACGUUAUGUGAGCCUCUUUACUCCUGUGAUGCAGCUCCGCUUUCGCCAGACUGCUGACCUACAAACCCAUCACAGGCUCACUUUUCCUAUGCUUACCGACAGCAGCUAGUUUCCAUCUUGGUACAUUGUUUUAAAAUCAGUCUUGUUUAAUAAAAUAACCUUAAUUUAACUUGAAUUUCCCUGAUUACUUUAACACCAGACAGAAUACCAUAUUCAGCCAGUUUCUUAAGUAUAAAUGAAAGACAGUUAUGAAAUAGGCAAAAAUGAAAAGCCAUUAUGGACUAGUCCGUCUCCCCCUACCCACUCCAAAUGCUAACUUUGACUCAUCGCACUGUGAUGCAGAGCUGACGUCAGACCCGUGUCCUUCCUUCAUGCUCUGCAUGCUGACGUUUGCCUCCUGUGGGAAAGUCUGUUUUCCCUUUUAUCUCUUCUAUGUCUUAUUUUUGUGCAUUUUCUGGUCCAAGCAAAUGAUAGAAUUAGCUUAUUAAGUUCCACUGAAGUGUUGUUCUUUUGGCCAGGAUUGCAUUAGUUUGUCCAUUAAUUGGAAGAUAAUAGACUUCUUCAUAAUUAAUAUAAUUUGCCCAUUAGUAUUAUGAUAGGCCUAAUUUUAUUUAAGUCCUUUAUAUGCUUGGAUAACAUUCCUUAUAAGGGUCUUCACAUUUUAUAUUAGCUUUGCUCUAGAUAUUUUACAGAAUUUUUGUUUAGGAUUUUUAAGGAUCUUUCACAUAAAAUCCAGAUGCUCGAUGCAUUCCUGUGUCAAGUUUGUGUUGCUUAUCACCCAGAAGCCUUUGCAUUUAAAGCUUUGACAUUUAAUUUUUUAAUAACCUAGGGUCAUGAUGCCGUUUCAUGAAUAGCCUUGUUAGUUACAAUGUGGUUUGGAUGGGAAGCGUCCCACCCGUAGACUCACGUCUUUGAACAUGUGGUUCCUAGCUCAUGACGCUCUUUUGGAAUGUUGUGGGAAAGCCAGACAUAAUGGCUUGCUGGAAGAAGUGAGUCUCUGAACGUGGGCCUUGAGGUUCAUAGUCCAGCUCCACUCUGUCCUGGCUGCCCAUGCAGUAUACCAGUGGACCUCCUGACAGCUAGUGACAGACUGUGCCACCUGUAAUGUGAGCCAAAAUGAACCCUUCUUCCCUGAGGUUCUUUUGUCUGGGCAUUUUGUCAGCAGUAAGGUAAAUGAUUAAAUGUGAUCAUACAGAAAUAAUUAUUUUCCUAACACUUGAAAACCAUAGAUCAUUCCCUCCCUCCUGAUUUAUACAUUUAUAAAGCCACCACACCAUAAUGUCCUGAGUCCAUAUAAUCAUGGGAAUGUAUCUGAACUCUAUUUUGUUAACUUUAUCCAUUCAUCUUUACCAGUAAGCCAUUUUUAAUCACAUCGGUUUCUAAUUGGUUGUCAGAAAUUGUAGAACAACUCUUACAUCUUUGUUCUGUAUAUAUUAGAUCAUCUUGUCACAUUGGGAUUUUGUGAUUACAAUGAAUGAGCAGAUUUGUUGAGGAUUAUUUAUGAUGCUGGGUCUUAUGCAUCUCUGAAUAAACUGUAGCUACAUAUUUUUAUUACUGGUUUAUAAAAGAAAUAAUUGUGCUAUAUCUCACAUUUUGUAAUAGACAACUUACAUAUGCAUAGAUAGAAAAUGUGUAUCAUGCAACCAAUCCUAUCAAGUCUUGGUGAGAACAGUGUCUGAUGUACAGCUUAUACUUGGCACCAACCCUGAUUUUGUACCCAUAGUAAAGGACAUUUUCUGAAAA